CUCGAGGCCGCGCGCAGCUGGUGCCUCGAUCGAUGCAGCUAGCUAGCGUAGCGGUUAACGAGCUAGCCAGCAGAGAGCUAGCUAGCUAGCGGUCCCGGCUCGUUAAAUCACACCACCGUCGUGUCGGCAGUCACUCUGAAUGUCGUCGAUGUUGCCAAGAUAUUGUUGACACAUGUCUGCAGUGUGAGAGCGCGGGGGUGGAGGAUUCGGGGCCGUGUUUUAGAGGUUGAGUUGACUCAAGAUGUGCAAUGGAAUGACAGAGUCAAUAUCAAAAGCCUCUUGGACCCACAUCUCGGCCACUGAGCGGAUCUUUUUGUUGCUGCUGACACUGACUGCAGUGUCCACUGGGCAAGCAUCAGGAUGUGUGAGGCCGUAUAUGGUCCAGAACAGCUGGGUAAACCUCACAGAAACCAACAGGGGCUCGUUCCCUGUGGGCACAGUGCUGCAGUACAGCUGUGACCCUGGUUACCUGCCAGACGGACCCAGCAUCCUCACCUGCACCACACUGGGACGCUGGACCUCUGAACCUCCUCACUGUAUACGCAGUGGUGCAUGCUUACCCCUCUCAAAACCCGAAAAUGGGGGAUACACCUGCCACCCAUCCCCCUGCCGGAUGUUUUCCCAUGGCACUGUGAUUGAGUUCUUCUGUGAUGAGCGCUUCAUUCUCAGUGGGGAUUACAACUACCUGACCUGUCAGGAUGGACAAUGGGAUGGCCCCAUGCAGAUCAGUUGUGUUAGCCAAGGUUGUACAAGACCCUCUACAGUGCAGCAUGGCUCAACUAAUCUAACAGACACCAAUAGGAGCUUGUUCCCUGUGGGCACAGUGCUGCAGUACAGCUGUGACCCUGGUUACCUGCCAGCCGGACCCAGCAUCCUCACCUGCACCAAACUGGGACGAUGGACCUCUGAACCUCCUCACUGUAUACGUAGUGAUGGAUGCAUAAGACCGUCUACAGUGCAGCAUGGCUCAACUAAUCUGACAGACACCAACAGGAGCUCGUUCUCUGUGGGAACCGUACUGGAGUACCACUGUGACCCUGGUUACCUGCCGGAUGGACCCAGCAUCCUCACCUGCUCCACACUUGGCCACUGGUCCUCUGAACCUCCUCGCUGUAUACGUAGUGACGUGUGCCAGCCUCCAUUUCAGCCAGAGAACGGGGGCUACACCUGCCACCCUGCCCCAUGCCAAAGACUUUCUCAUGGCACUGUGAUUGAGUAUUUCUGUGAAGAAGGCUACGUUCUAAAGGGAGACUACAAAUACCUUACCUGUCAGUAUGGAGAGUGGGACAGCCGAAUGAAGCUCAGCUGCCUCAUGGAGGAAGACCGCAAUCCAACUUUACCAUUAGGGAUGCCCGCCUUGUCCAUAGUGGCAUCCACAGCCAGCUCAGUGAUCCUUAUCCUGCUCCUGGUGGUGCUGUUUGUACUUCUGCAGCCAAAACUCAAGUCUCUCCAUCGACGGGAUCAGGGUGUGUCCGGCCAGCCAGUGUCAAUCAUGGUGGAAGGAGUCCAGGUGUCUCUGCCCUCUUAUGAUGAGGCUGUGAAUGCUAGUGGGGUCUCAGCCUCACCUCUCAGCUCAGAGUCUCGGGUCCAGAUAGUGCUGUCUGAGGGUCAGCAUGCCACAGCGCCAGAGGCUGGCCCCUCUAGGCCUUCAUCCCUCAAACGGCAGCAGUCAGAGAUGGCUGUCGUGCACCCUGUGCCAUCUUCUUCCUCCUCCUCACCCUCACCCUCAUCCUCCAUCUGGGCUCUGGAGCAUGCAGGUGCUGCAGCUCCAUCAUCCUCUCAAAGAAGGCCGUCUGCAGGCAGCGACCAACACAGCCUGUCGCUGGACUCUGAGAUGGACUAUUCUGAUGAUAUGCCAUUGCUGAAGGAGGCCUGAAAGAUGCAGCAGCCUUUGGACUCCCCAAGACAACCAGCGUUGCUACUGACCUGUACUGGUGAGCGGGGUGCCUCUGGAGAGUUUGUCAACACAGCUGUCAACACAGACGAGGCUCUGAGUGUAGCUGUGUGUUACUCAGAAUAGUUCCUCGGUCCAUCCCAAAGGAGAACAGAGAAGGGAUUCACAUGUACAUACAUGCUUACAUUUUUUUAUAGGAAUUCCUACACAAUGUAUGUAUGUCCAAUGUCUGAAGCUCAGUUUGAAAAUGUAGAACAGAAACAGAAAGAACAGGCCCCUCCUGAAGGAGAGUGUCUUAAAGGCUUAUGGAACAAAAAAAUGACUGAUGUAUUUCAGAUGAAGGGGCAAAGCUGCAAACUCUUAAUCUCUUAAGUGUCUUGGUCACUGUAACUUUUCUUUAACCACAUAUCGCACCAUUUAAGACGCACAUCGCCAUGCAUGAAGUCCAGGUAGUCUAGAUUGUUGUCCAAGUCAUGCACACUUACAGUAUUGUCCUCAAAUAUUUUUGUGAUUAUAAGUAAUUCUUUAAGAUGUUGUUUAUCAUGACUUGCGUCAUUCCACAUGCCACUGUACAGUUUAAGGCUGCUUGUCCAUCCAAGAUUCCCUUUUUCGCUGUGUUUUUCAUUGGAUUUAGGGCAUUUAAAGAGACUUGUUGGUUCAGGCCUGCAUUUGAUAAAUUUCACUCUUUCACGCUAAGUGUUCAGAUGUAUUCUCUUCAUACCCUUGUCCUCAAUGGCCUUAGCUUUCCACUUCUAUGCACAGGUAUCUAUAAUAUGUAAAAUAAGGACUUUUAAAAAUGAAUGUCAGUUAAAUGCCUCCACUGCUUAGUGAUACAAUGUGUGGCUUUGUCAGACACAUCACUUGUACACCAGAAAAUAUUAUUCUCUUAAUUUAUUCAGGCUGCUUGUACAUUGUAAAAUAAUUGUAAUGUUUAUAAGUGAAACAGGGAACUAAGAUGUUUAUUUAAUUCACGUGUGCCCAGAGCGCUGUUGAUCAGCCAUGGCUUUUUUUGAUGCUUCCACAACUCUUGGAAACGUGAAAAAAAAGUAUGUCUCUUCACUUCGCCGCUUCAGUUUAGAUUCUGCUGCGGGCACGUUAUAUGUGACACUGUAAAUAUGGUUGGGGAGAGUGUGUUCACUUUGUUUGACUGUCCAUUGAAUUCGCUUGUAGACUUAGACUUUUGUGUUUAUGUGAAGAUGGAUUUUUAAUAUAUGUAAAAAGUUUUAAGUUAAGUUUAGUCUGUAUAUAUAACAUACGCCCAUUUUGAUUAAAUAUUAUUUAAG